AUGGCAACGUCUGCUGCUGAAGGAGGCGCUGUGCAGAGAAGCAGCAGCAGCAGCAGCAGCAACAGUAGCAGCAACAGCAACAGUAACAACAGCAACAGCAGCAACAGCAACGGUAACAACAACAGCAGCAGUAGUAGCAGCAACAGCAGCAGCAGCAGCAGCAAUAGCAGCAAGGGUCCCGAUAUAUUUAGUGGAUAUCCUCCUCCUAUUCCUUCUACCCUCAGCCUUGAGGAGCGAAUUGCUCGUUGUUUAUCUGUUGCUGAAGAAUGUAUUCAAGAAGAUGAGUUGGCGAAAUUACUAGAAAAAAAACAAUUCCCGAUAGCGUAUGAUGGAUUUGAGCCAAGCGGUCGGAUGCAUAUUGCUCAAGGAUUAUUAAAAGUAAAAAAUGUGAAUAAAUUAACAAGCGCGGGGUGUAUAUUCGUCUUCUGGGUUGCUGAUUGGUUCGCUAUGCUUAAUAAUAAGAUGGGGGGAGAUCUUAAAAAAAUUCGUAAAGUAGGAGAAUAUUUUAUAGAAGUAUGGAAGUCUGCGGGUAUGAAGAUGGAUAAUGUUCGCUUUUUAUGGGCAAGUGAAGAAAUAGGGAAGGCACCUGAGGUGUAUUGGCAGCUCGUUAUGAAUAUUGCCAAGGCAAAUAGUAUUUCAAG